UUCCGACUGGAAACACGGAAGCACUCGUUUUACCAGACAUUUGUGAUAACCUGUUCAUGUUCACACUGUCCACAUUUUUUAUUUAUUCACGUUACGAAAAGACUUUGUUGAGCACCCGACAGACAUGUCUUUCAAUCAAGACUCUGGGGUACCCAGGGGAGCAGUGCCCUGCGGGCAAAACUACAGAGCCCCCAGACUGAGGCCCCCACCUCCUCUCCCCGUUGUACCCCCACACAAUUAUGACCCUCAAGCUGCCACAAUGCCAGGUUUCCACGGGAACAGCGGCGGCUACAUGCCACCACAUCCUGACUUCAUGUCGUACCCGCCUCCAGUGCCUCCCCCUACGCCCGGCUCUCUUCACCCUUUUCCAGUAUGUCCACCCUUCGCCAAGCCGCCUAGCUUUCCGCCUCCCCCCUUACCCGGUGCCCCCGUAGCCGGCUCCCUGAUGGCGCCGAAUGCCUACCACCCUUACAUGAUGCCGCCUGUACCCCCGCCGCCCUUGCCGCCCCCAAAGUCGUCUACAUCUAUGACUUACCCCCCUCCAUACCACAUGGGUUACCCCCAUCCUCCCCACCCCCCUUUCCCUCCCCCUCCCUUCAAACCGGAACACAUCCAGAGCCCCGGUCCAUUCAAACCUGAGCAGAGCUUCCACCAUAGGGGAGAGUACAGGUACGAGAAGUCCAGUGCUAUCGGCAGGCGGUCCCCGGAGCGAGAAUAUUACCGUGAUGAUUACCGGAAGCGGAGCUAUAGUGGCCAUGGCGACAGGCACCGUCUGGACAUUCUCGGCGAGCGCAAGGACCGCGGCAGGAGCCCAGAAAGGCACGGCCGGAUGGAGGGCUGCAGGUACAGAUCCGAGUAUGACAGAGGGCGGUCCCCUGGCAGCUCACGUCGGAGCCGCGAUAGCAGCAGAGAGCGCUACCGCCACCGCGAGAGUCGAAAAACCCCGUCACCUGACCGACACCACCGAAAGAGGCCUCGCAGUCGCUCAACCAGCAGAAACAGGAAGCGCAGUCGCUGGGAGGAGGAGCGGGACCGCCGUUCCGAGUCCUCGUCGACCCCAUGCCGAGACCGCGGCCAAUCCUUCGGCCGCGGCAAAGAUUCCGAGGAGUGCGCCAGCGGUGUUGAGAGAGAGCCAGGAGAAGCCGAGCGGGACAAGGACCGAGGCGAGGAUGAGGCUGAGGAUGAUGAACUGCUGAAGCCCGCCUGGAUCCGUUGCACCCACGCCGAGAGCUUCUACUCCAACGACCCCAUGGAUCAAGUGGGAGAUUCGACUGUCGUCGGCACGAGUAAACUGCGGGAACUCUAUGAGCGCUUUGAAGAGGAGCUGGGGAAGCGGCAGGCGAGAGCCAAGGAGUCUCGACCCAAAUGGGAACCGCCGCAGACCAAACUGGACGAGGAUCCCGGCGACAGCAGCAGUGAGUCGGAGUGCGAGUCGGACGAAGAGGGAAGUUCUUGCUCCAGCAGCUCCGACUCGGAGUUGUUUGACGUCAUUGCCGAAAUCAAGAGGAAGAAAGCGCAUCCGGAUCGACUUCACGAGGAGCUCUGGUACAACGACCCGGGACAGAUGAACGACGGCCCCCUGUGCAAGUGCAGCGCCAAGGCCCGACGCACCGGCAUUCGUCACAGCAUCUACCCAGGGGAAGAGCCUGUCGAAUCAUGUCGGGGGCUCAACAACAACGCUGGAAAGUUGUUCCACUACCGGAUAACCGUGUCUCCGCCCACCAACUUCCUGACGGACCGUCCCACUGUGAUCGACUACGACGACCACGAGUAUCUAUUUGAGGGCUUCUCCGUUUUCUCCCACACUCGUCUCACCAGUAUUCCAUUGUGCCGGGUGAUCCGCUUCAACAUAGAUUACACCAUCCACUUCAUAGAGGAGAUGGCGCCCGAGAACUACUGCGUCCAAGGCCUGGAGCUGUUCGCCUCCUUCCUUUUCCGGGACAUUCUGGAGCUGUACGACUGGAACCUCGCAGGCCCAAAUUGGGAGAAUGUUGGCGGAUGCCAGCGCUUCCACUUCAUGCCUCGUUUUGUUCGAUUCCUACCCGAUGGUGGCAAGGAGGUGCUGUCCAUGCACCAGGUGCUGCUCUACCUCCUGAGCAGCAGCAAGCCUUUGGUCCCCGAGGAGCAAAUCGCCGAUAUGCUGCAGUGGGAGGAGCUGGCGUGGCAGAAGUAUGCGGAAGAGUGCAAGGGCAUGAUCGUCACCAACCCGGGCUCGAAACCGAGUUCGGUGCGGAUCGACCAGCUGGACCGGGAGCAGUUCAACCCAGACGUCAUCACUUUCCCCAUCAUCGUUCAUUUUGGAAUACGGCCCGCCCAGCUCAGCUACGCUGGAGACCCUCAAUACCAGAAACUGUGGAAGAGCUACGUGAAACUGCGCCACCUGCUUGCCAACAGCCCCAAGGUGAAGCAACUGGAUAAGCAGAAGCUGAUGCAGAGGGAGGAAGCUCUUCAGAAGAUCCGUCAGAAGAACACCAUGCGCCGCGAGGUGACAGUGGAGCUCAGCAGCCAGGGAUUCUGGAAGACCGGCAUCCGCUCUGACGUCUGUCAGCACGCCAUGAUGCUGCCCGUCCUCACCCAUCACAUCCGCUACCACCAGUGCCUCAUGCACCUGGACAAGCUGAUUGGCUACGUGUUCAAGGAGCGCUGCCUCUUGCAGUUGGCCAUGACGCAUCCCAGUCACCAUCUCAACUUCGGCAUGAACCCCGACCACGCCCGCAACUCGCUGUCCAACUGCGGAAUCCGCCAACCCAAAUACGGCGACAGGAAGGUGCAUCACAUGUACAUGAGAAAGAAAGGAAUCAACACUUUGAUUAACAUCAUGUCCCGUCUGGGCCAGGAUGACCCGUCCCCCUCCAGGAUCAAUCACAACGAGAGGUUGGAGUUCCUGGGCGAUGCUGUCGUGGAGUUCCUCACCAGUGUCCACUUGUACUAUCUUUUCCCCACUUUGGAGGAAGGAGGUCUGGCCACCUACAGAACUGCCAUCGUGCAAAACCAGCACCUUGCCAUGCUCGCCAAGAAACUGGAGUUGGAUCGCUUCAUGCUCUACGCUCACGGGCCGGAUCUGUGCCGGGAGUCGGACCUGCGGCACGCCAUGGCCAACUGCUUUGAGGCCCUCAUAGGUGCCGUUUAUUUGGAGGGCGGCUUGGACGAGGCCCGGCAGCUCUUCGGACGACUUCUCUUCAACGGUCAGGACCUACAGGACGUUUGGCUCCACUACCCGUCACACCCGCUACAGGUCCAGGAGCCUCUGACGGACCGACAGCUCAUCGAGACGUCGCCCGUCCUGCAGAAGCUGACCAACUUCGAGGAGUCCAUCGGCGUGCUGUUCACGCACGUGCGCCUCCUGGCCCGAGCCUUCACGCUGCGGACGGUGGGCUUCAACCACCUCACACUGGGCCACAACCAAAGGAUGGAGUUCCUGGGGGAUUCCAUCAUGCAGCUGGUGGCCACCGAGUAUCUCUUCAUCCAUUUCCCCGACCACCACGAGGGACACCUUACACUUCUGCGCAGCUCGCUGGUCAACAACCGCACGCAGGCCAAAGUGGCGGUGGAGCUGGGCAUGCAGGACUUCGCCAUCACCAACGACAAAACCAAGCGGCCCGUGGCGCUCCGGACCAAGACCCUUGCCGACUUGCUGGAGUCUUUCAUCGCGGCGCUCUACAUUGACAAGGACCUGGAAUUCGUGCACACCUUCAUGAACGUCUGCUUCUUCCCUCGACUGAAGGAGUUUAUUCUCAACCAGGACUGGAACGACCCCAAAUCUCAGCUGCAGCAGUGUUGCCUGACGCUGAGGACGGAGGGCAAGGAACCCGACAUUCCGCUCUACAAGACGCUGCAGACGGUGGGGCCAUCGCAUGCACGCACCUACACCGUCGCCGUCUACUUCAAAGGCGAGCGCAUCGGUUGCGGCAAAGGACCCAGCAUCCAGCAGGCGGAAAUGGGAGCUGCCAUGGACGCGCUGAACAAAUAUAACUUCCCGCAGAUGGCCCAUCAGAAGCGCUUCAUUGAGCGCAAGUACCGGCAGGAGCUGAAGGAGAUGAGACGGGAGCGGGAGCGCCAGGAGAAGGACGGCGACGAGUCCAACGUCGGCAGGAAGUGAGGCGGCGGAAGAUGGUUUCCGGUUUCGACACGAGACUCCACCACGUUUGUCACCAGCGGCCCAACGGCGUCUACACAUCGACAAGCACACGUCUAACUUGAUGGCGCCACCACAGGAGAGCGCGGGGGGGGGGGCGGGGGGACCAAAAUGACCACGUGCUGAACACUCCACGUAAAAACGUCGACUUUCUGUCGCUUGGCUGUGUGACGGAUGUGAAAGGCGCUCACGCGCUUGCUUCGUCCUUCCGGUUUUCCGUCAUCCGUCAGGUGGUUGGAUCGGAACGUCUCUGUAAGGCUUUCACUUUUUUUCUCACUUGCUAGUAUAGAGCCAAGAAUGUACUUUCAGCUCCUUGUUAGCUGUCGACGUCAAAGGUGAGAAGCCUCGUUGACGAGCGUUUUUGGGGGGGGGGGGCUGAAAGGAAACGAGACAAACCACCGUUUCGAUGAGAGCGGGUUGUGUCCGACUCUUUUCCCCCAUUGUGCCAAAACCAUCUCCAAACUCCAUCAUCAGUGUGGACUGGGCUCCCCGGUGGAUCAAAUCCACGCAAGCAAAACGCCGACGUAGCUUCACGGUCAUCCGCAAAUGUUGAACGGAGGCAACGUCUUGGUUGUUGAAGUCGUUCGAUCCCAAACUAGCGACAUCAAUAGGACUCCACAGCUCAAAAUACAACUAAAAAAAGUCUUUUCGAUUCAAGUGGAAACGUCUUCGACAAGAGUCCGGUUGCCUCCGUCCAACCCAGGAGUGAAUUUUCCUGCUCGAUUGUCUGAAAAGAGACCAGCUAAGCUCUUUAGAUGACAUCGAGGAGAGAAACGUUUGUCGGCUUUGGCCGCCCGCUUGACGUGACAAAAGUGGACCGCCGCUCCUGGCGCCUUUUUCAAGCGUGACGACGACAGUACCACUUCCUGAAGGCUAGGGGGCGUGGCGCUGUGAGGACAAAGACAAAGUGGCUGUACAGUGUAUUGUAUCAUGUAGCGUACACAAGCAGAAGAUCACGAUAUAUGUAGCGGGACUUUGUCGCAGAAACAUUGAAAGUAUGCCACUGCUCACAGCGUCCGUCGCAGGAAGAAAAACAAAGAAAAACAAUGGUAGCUAUGUGUGGGCGUGGCCUACAUCCAAUGCACAGGGGUGUCCAAACUUUUUUCUUCCUGGGGGGGCCGUGGACAGAAAAUUGAAAGCAUGGCAGAACCAUUCUGACGUUCUUCGUCUUUGUUCAAUGCGCAAAAAACCUUUCAACGCACCCCACGCUCCACAAAUCCGUGGUUUCUCAUUGUGGGGUGCGUUUGGGAAAUAUCCUCCGACAGCACUGUUUCACUCACGGCAUUCAGAAAGUCCGAAUGUUGUUCAAAUGUGCCGUUUGGUUAUUUAGAGGGCACCUAAAACGGAUCCCGGUGCAGGCCGUACACGUGCACGAGUUCCCGAUGACAGUCUGCGUUCAGAAUUUAAUGCGAGCGGAGCGCGCUCUCCCCUCUGGCAGCACGCGAGGACGACAAAACGUCUGCUAAAUAACCUUGUUCAAGUU